UACAAAUUUACUUUCGUUGCCUCUGUGAGUAAAAGCAGGCGAUUCCAGGUGAGGCAGACAGCGUGCUGAUGGGGGGGAGAGGACGAGUGGUUGCUUCCGACUUCCGGUUUCCGCCUCCAUCGGGUUCCCGGAAGCUCCGCUCAAAAUGCUGAACCGCUCGGCGCCAGUCGCUGGGGUUGCGCCGAUUGGAGGCAAUUCUCGGGCCUGAGCCUCGAGGCCAGGCUCCUGGGUGUCGUUAAUGUUCGGGGCCGCCGGGCGCCCACCGAUCGGAGCUCCAGCCGCCGGGAACCGCUGGCAUUUCAGCCGGACGAUGGAAGAACUGGUGCACGACCUGGUGUCGGCCCUGGAGGAGAGCUCCGAGCAGGCCCGCGGCGGCUUUGCGGAGACGGGGGACCACGCCCGGAGCCUGUCCUGCCCCCUGAAACGCCAGGCCCGGAAAAGGAGAGGGAGGAAGCGGAGGUCCUACAACACGCAUCACCCCUGGGAGGCCGGCCACGGCCUGAGCGAGGGCUCCGACUCCAGCUUGGAGGAGCCGAGCAAGGACUACAGGGAGAACCCCGCCAGCCAUAAGCAAGAUCACAGCGACUCCGACGACCAGAUGCUGGUGGCCAAGCGCAGGCCGGCGUCCACCCUGAACAACGGCGUGCGGGGCAAGCGGCCGCUGUGGCACGAGGCGGACUUGGCCUUGGACGGCCUGGGCAGCCGCAGCCUGCGGCGCCGGGAGAAGGUGAAGCGCAUGGCCCUGGACCUGCCGCAGGACGCGUGCAAGCGCCCCAUGACCCAGCCCCCCGACGGCUGCAGGGACCAGGACAUGGACCAGGACCGGGCGUACCAGUACCCGGAGUUUGCCAAGAGCAAAGUCAAGAAGCGGAAACUGAGGGUCCCCAGGCAGGGACCCAAAACGCAAGACGAAGGCGUGGUUUUAGACAGCGAGGAGCUGAGCCAGACCAAGGACAAGAUGGAAUACGAAGAGCAGAAGGUGUCCGACGAGCUGAUGAGCGAAAGCGACUCCAGCAGCCUCAGCAGCACGGAUGCAGGCUUGUUUACCAACGAUGAGGGAAGGCAAGGUGACGACGAGCAGAGUGACUGGUUUUACGAAAAGGACUCGGGCGGAGCGUGUGGCAUCACGGGGGUCAUUCCCUGGUGGGAGAAGGAAGAUCCCAGCGAGCUGGACAGACACUUGCCAGACCCCGUCUUUGAAAGUAUCCUAACGGGUUCCUUCCCCCUCAUGUCGCAUCCUGCGAGAAGAGGUUUCCAAGCUAGACUCAGUCGCCUCCGUGGAAUGCCUUCCAAGAACAUUAAAAAGUCUGGAGGGACCCCACCUUCAAUGGCUCCAAACUGGACCAGUGAGAUUCCCCUAUAAACCAAAUCUGCUCAUGCUCAUAAAUUAGUUACGUUUUGAGCAUCUGGGGAAUGGCACUCGAGGGACCCUGGCUCCUGUCCUCUCCCCUGGAGGAGUACCAGUGAGUGGGAGCCUCCUUGAUGGAAAGAUGGGCCUGUUUGCUGGAGGCCUGGGAUCUUCCUUUAGUCAGAAGCGAACCUGGCUGGGCGGCUUUCUAGGGACCUAGGUGGGCCCGGGGUGGGUAGAAACUACUGUACAUUUUAUAUAUUUUUCUCUUUUAUGACUUUUAAAAUAUUGAAACCAUUUAUGUAUCUAUCACCUGUUUUGCUAAACUGCUGACAAAAGCUAGAGAAUUGAAAAUGUCCGAUGUCACAUUAAGUAUUCCUCAGUGUUUAUAUCGUGACCAGUUAAGAG